AUGCUUUCCUUAAUCGCCGCAGCGGUGUGUCUCAUCGGCAGCGUCCUGACCCAAACACCCCCCAGCUAUACUUUAGCCGUCACCAACCAGACAUUAGGCCUAUCAUACGGCAGCGUCUCCGUAGAAGCCGGCGAGACUCUCCCCUACAAAGUCCCCUCAACCACCCCCACCCUCAGCAGCACCCUCGGCCUCAACGAAACCUACAUCGCGAUCAUAGUCGAUACGACCGCGAACCUGAGCUCCCCAAUCCCCGCCGACCUGGUCUGGUUCCAACAAGACGUCACCUUCUCCUCCGCCGGCAUCGGCAGCGCAAACACCAGCGCCCAAGUCCCCUACGUCGCCCCUUCGUCCGUCGGCCACGCCUACCUCGCCCUCCUCUACACGCAACCGCCCGGCUUCAUCAUCCCGUCCAAUUUCCCCUACAACGACACCUUCCGCGUCGCGUUCAACGUGAGCAGGGUGGCGGUGGAUUUCCACUCCCCGCUGCUCGCGGCCAACUGGUUCGUCCUCGGGAGCAAUUGUUCGGCGCCGAGUCACACGGCGUCCUCCGGGUAUGGGUAUGGGGCGAGCACGGGGUUCGCGUCGGGGACGCACGGGCCGUGGGCAAAGAAGACGGGCGCGGUGUAUGCCAAUGGGGCUGCGGGGAGGUAUUGA